GCACUACAAUUUUAUUACAGUCCGCGACCGAUAGUCCAUCGAGUCGGUUGCAUUUUUUUCCCGUACGGAUCAUUAUUAUUGCGAUCGAUAGACCACUUUUUUUUUUCGAAAAUGUAAUUAUUUUUUCGAUUUUUUUUUUAUCCGUUAAGGGAGAUUGUCGAUACGGUGGAAAAUUCGAUAUGUGAAAACAGUCUGUACAAAACGUCCGAAAAAGAGAAAAUGCAGAAAGAUGGCGACUUCGACGUUUUCUACAAACGCGAAAGGUACGACAUCGAGAGUUUUCUACGAAACCAUCCGGGAGGGGUCAACUACGUCAAGCCUUAUAAAGGCAAAGACGUCCAGAAACGAAUGGAGGAUACAUUUCAUUCCGACGCUGCGUAUUACUUGUUCAGAGAGUACAAGGCCGGACGGGCAACGGAGGGAUCCGCAUGCGACGAGGAAGACUUGGAGAGGCUGGUGGACUGGAAUAGGCCCAUGCUAAGCCAGGUUGGCAAACUAGGUGACAGAUACAGGGAGUGGGUUUUGUCACCCGUCGAUAGACAUCUUAUACUAUUCGGAAAUCCAGUAUUAGAAAACCUGACAAUCACACCGUGGUAUAUCGUUCCCUUGAUAUGGAUCCCUGUGGUCCUUUAUUUGAUAAGGUACGGAUCUGAAGAUUACGCGCGAUCAUGCACCAAAGAUGGUUCGAUUAUACUUGGAAUUUGGUCAAAUAUAAGUUUAGGUGUUCUGCUGUGGACUCUAAUCGAAUACUCGCUGCACAGAUGGAUAUUCCACAUGGAACCGUCCGGCCGUUCCAAGGCAAUGAUCUAUUUUCAUUUCGCCAUCCACGGUCUACACCACAAAGUUCCUUUUGACACUAGAAGAUUGGUAUUCCCGCCGUUUCCUGCCGCAAUAAUCGCUUUAAUUUUAUACAAGAUGUUCUCCUUUGUGAUAGCCGAGUCGAGUAUUGUUUUGGUGUUCGCUGGAGGUAUAUUAGGUUAUUUGAUUUAUGACAUGAUUCAUUUUUACCUGCACUAUGGGGCACCGAGUGAAAACAGUUAUUUUUAUCGUCUGAAGAGAUAUCACAAUCAACAUCACUUCGCACAUCAUGAUGAUGGAUUUGGCAUCAGCAGCACAUUUUGGGACCAAAUAUUUGGCACAGCAAUAUCGUUAAGGAAAUUGAACAAGUCCAUUAAAUGGUAAACCAAUGUGAAUAGCCCGUUUUAGUUUAUUAAUAAAAGGUUUUAUUCAAGUGUGUUAAACUUCAUAUUUUCACCCAUUACCCAAAAAAUAAAAUGAGAAUAGUGACAAUUUCAACAUUUAAU